AGUAAACAAACGCGACAAAUGCUUCGGCUGUUGAACUUCGCUAAAACUUCAAGGAAGCUGGUGUUUUCGUCCAGCAGAAACGCGACCACCAUGUCGACUGACAGUGAAAGCAACAAGUCCAUUCACUCUGGCAACGUGGCGGAGGUUCACAACGUCCCGCUGCGGGUCAUCAUCAGACCCUUCCCUCCACAGCUGGACGAGCAGAAGGUCCAAAGCUUGAUGGACACGAUAAAGGAAACGGCAGACAUUGGCAUCGUUCCUCCAAUUGAUGUGCUCUGGAUCAAAGGCAGAGAAGGCGGAAAUUACUAUUACUCAUUCGGUGGCUGUCACAGGUUUGCUGCGUAUCAGAGGUUAAACAUGCCAACGAUUCCUGCCAAGCUCAUCAGAUCAAACAUCUCGGACCUCAGUACCUACCUGGGGGGCUCCACGCCUGAUCUGCGGUGAGACCGGAGGAGCUCACUCUUUUUUGUUUUAUUUUUUGGGAGGGGGUUGGGAGUUCACUUUGUUUUUGUGCUGAGAGACUCUGGCUGCACUGUGAUGUAGUGGUUCAAUGGUAAAUGGAUGGAGUCUUGGUCAGGUUGGGUCACUGUGACUCCUCUGAACACAGUCAGUGACUGCAGAGCAAAAGGUUUACCAGCAGGGGGAAAUGUAAUCCUUUACUGAAAGACAUGAUAUUAUCAUAUUUUUAUUUGUGUUAUCAUUCCUUAUUUGUAAACCCUUGUCUUAAUAGUUUAGAACUUAUAAUAUAAAUUUUAAUUGCAUAUGAAGUUGUAUGAUUAUUGUUAGCUUGGAUAAUUUGUGGCAUUUAUUUAUUCACUUAUGUAGCAAUCAAGCUAAGACACAGCAAAAACUCUUUAUUUGGUAAUUUUGAAAUCUUUUCAAGAAGCAAUAUUAUGACUGAAAAGUUGGGAUAAUUCUCAUCAUGAUGAUUUCCCUGAUGUGUUCAGCGGUCUCUGUGAACCGAGUACUACAACACAGCAGAUGAAUGGUGGCAGUUUUUACUCAUUUUAUUUACACUUGUGCUUUUUGCUGCUUUGACACUUGAAAAAGCUCUGCUGUAUCCACCGGUGGCUUUCCUUCAAGUGUGCCUUUUCGCAGCCCCUCCUGCUGAGCGCUGCGGAGGAUUUAAAUACACAUCAUCUUUCAUUGAGCUAUUUUUGCCUGAAAUUAUGUCAGAAGGUCCCUGUAGUCUCUUUGUGUGUGUUUUUUUUUUUAUUAGCGGUAGAACUGUGUUUAAUUUUAGAAAUCAAAUGACACCAAGAGAAUGUAAUGUGAGAAUCAAAAUGUCAAAUAAGACAUUUUUCAGUUGCCACACUAAAGACAACAUCUCUCUACUGUGCUAAUCUUCUUCAUUUUCAUGAGAACUUAAUAAAAUCUCAGUGGAGUACGUGUCAUGCAGCCCUUAGUUUUUGAGUGCUAUUUACACACUUUGUUCAUGCACAGUCAACUUUGAUUGUGACGGACCAGACAGCUCGGCAGCAGAAAGGAGCCUAUAGACCAGAUGGCGUGUGGAAGGAGUCAGGUGCUUUAAGAACAUCAGGCUGACAAAAUGCAAGAUGUUGUCGAGUCUUGCUGAGUCUGCUCGUUCUGCCUGUCGUCGGUCUUCCUCUCCCUCUCCAGAUAUCUGAAAAAUAUCUUGCCUCUAACCUCCCAGAUUGUGCUUCGACAAAGGAAUGGAAGUUCCAUUGUGUUCCUUUGAAAACGCCGCCGAAGCAAAGUCAUAUCAGAUGCAAUCUUUUCAGAAAUUAAAUUAAAGAUAACCUUGUAAAUUACUUAAUUCCCCUGUGACACUGCAUUUUGACAUUAAUCAGGGGUAUAAAUGCUUUCUUCCUGCAGUAAUCAUCAGGGAUAAUCUUCGGCGAACGCUUUGAUGUAUUACAUCAUGCCCUGUUUGUUGUUGUUGCUGACCUUGACACCGGCUCCACUUACUAAAUCAAGUCAGACAGCAGUUCCCUUCCCUCCGUCUUGGAGGAAGGAACUUUACAGAAUAAUAUAGGUGAGCUAUACGUCGAGACAGGGCUUUUCCGACGUGAGCGCUCUCACAAUGCAAGCUCUGAGCUGCCUGACGAUCUCCCUUUGUGGCCAUCGAGGAAAUGAAGGGAGACCCGGGGCAGCUUUUACCGACCGGCCCUAAAGGGCUCUAAAUUUCUCCCCUGAAUCGUCGCGUGUGAGAAGAUUUCCUGUGGCUCACUCACUGUCUGGAAGUAACCAUAUCCUCAAAGGGGUUUUGACACGCAAUACUGCUAUGGAAAAAAUACAUUGCACCUGUUGCUCCGGGGAGCGGUUUCCAUGGGUGGUUCUGCACGCCUUAUCUUGGAGGAUUUGAACAGAUCAAGGAGAUUUGGGCGGUUAAGAAGAGGAACUGUUUGAGGCCGUUUUUACAACAGCAUGUAAUUUUCUUGUAAGUUUUUUUUUUGUCCUAUUGAUUUCCUGCUUUGAUGAAAGGCGAUUAUUGAAUUUACUUGUUAAUUAUUGUGUUUGGCUGACAGUAAGUGAAGAUUAAUUAUUUUCCUGAUUUGGAGUUCAAUCACCUGUAAAAGAACUGUUUUAUGCUCAGAGAGAUUGACAGUGUGAAAAAUAUGAGAAUAUAAAGUAUAUUCAUUCUUGAAGAAUAGCCUGAUUCAAAUGAGUUAAAUCAAUAUUGGGAUAGUUCUCAUGUACUUUAAUUUACUAUUAGUUGUUGUAAUCAAAGAGUGAAUGUGUUGCUUUUCACAUUUGUUUUCCUCUUUUUAUGAUCUUUCUACAUAAAAACACAAACUAAGAUUUCCAAAACAGAGGAGUGGAAUAUUGACUUUUAUCUAGCAAGUGACUGUAGUUUAUGACAUUUAUGUGUUUUCACAUUUCAGCCAGAAUUACAAUGGAUUAUUAGAAGUUAUUCGAAACAGCCUGGAUGUUGGUCUUUUACUCUGGCAAAGCAUCUCUAACUCCUAAUUAAAGCACAAGAUUGUUUUUUAACCAUGAAAAAUAAUGUGUGAUCAAAUUCACCAUGCAUAAAACUAAUACAUACGGUUGUGUUCCCGUUUUAUACAUGUUCUGAAUUCCAUGUAAAACAUACUUAAAGUACUUUUCAAGUAUAUAACAUCUUAUUAAAAAAAAAAUUGUGCAUAGCAAGUAACUAUCUUUUAUAACCUUUUACAAUAAUCCAGCAAGACAUUUUCUGCAUGCAAAGUGCUAAAAAGAUAAAGUAUUGAUAUUUUUUUGAGCAAUAUUCAAUGGAAAAAUAUAUGACGAAGGUGAAAAGGUUUUGAAAUAUCCUUCAACAAGUCUAUCAAUAUAUAUUAGAGUAUGUUAUAAAGGACUGAGAGACUGUUUUUGUAACUGAUUCUACCAACAACAGUGUGACCAAUCAUGAAGAACAUUCUGGAAUGUGAUCGUUUUCGUCCCGAUGUGCUUAAAGGACUUCAAAAACUUUUUUUUUCCUUUCUUGUGCUAUUUUUAGAGGAAACAGGGGAGAGAGUGGCACCUCUGAACAACAACUUAGUUUGUGAACAAAAUAUGAAAUGUGUAGAUUUUUAUAAGUACAAGAAAUCGAAGAGGCACCGCGGCCCUUCAAAGUGACAGGACUGCUAGAAUAAUGUCAACACACAAAUUUAAGACAGCAGCAAAGCAGUUUUCUUUAAUUACUUGUGUCAAACAAGUUAUGUUACCCUUGUUUUUGACUGACGAGCUGAUGCCACACAAACAAGAGAAUUAAAAUGAUUAAUACUUUUUAGAUCAACCUCUGUGAUGGUGAACCACUCAUUGGGUUUGUUUAAAAAAAGAAUUGUCAUGAAUUUUUCCUGUGUUUCAGUGAA